CAGGAGUAAAGUAACCCAUUUGCUUUUCUACUACAGUGCAAUAUAACCAGCUAAGACUCUCACGAUCCAUGGUUUUUCAAGAUAUACUUCCUAACUGAUUAUUAAGGUCUAGAGAGAUUAAGCAAGCAGAAACUUUUAAAAUGGGAAUCACAUUCCAGAUCUAUUAUUUAUACACACAUGGAUAAUGCGAAUGCCAGAUCUUUAAGUACAAAACGAUACUGAAAAGCAAGAUUUUUUUUUAAAAAAGGUUUACACUACUGCCCUGGGUUUAAUACAUCUGAACUAUAAUAUAUUCACCAGAGAUGAAAGACCGCCUUCAAGAGCUUAAACUGAGAGCAAAGGAACUACAAUUAUUUGAAGAGAAGAGCAGUGUUAGCAGUGUUGUUAAUGCUAUUACAGUGGAACAAGGAGAACUUGAACAAGCAGCUGUUAUUUUUGAAAAGGAGCCUGUAACGGAAAGGUACUUGCAUGAAAUACAACAACUUCAUAAUGAUAUUAGCAAUUUGGCAAUCGAUGUUGAAAAGUUUAGUCAGCAGCAGAAGAGUCUGAUAGCUUCCAUGAGAAGAUUCAGUGUGCUUAAAAAAGAAUGCAGAAACACAAAAGCAAUUAAAGUUCGAGCAGAGCACAUUAAUAAGUGCUUGGAUGAUCUGUCAAAAAUAGUGAAAAAGGAAGAAAAAGAACAUAGCUCAUCAUCUGCCAUUACAAGAGUCCUCAGUUCUCAGCGUGCAGUCCUAUUCCGUCGUUUCCAAGACAUAAUGAUUCUGUACAAUAAUGCUAUAACAGCCAAACAAGAAAAAUGUAAGGAUUUCAUUGUACGUCAGCUGGAAGUGGCAGGAAAAGAAGUAUCAGAGGAAGAACUGAAUAAUAUGGUUGAACAAGGGAAAUGGGAAAUCUUCAAUGAAAAUCUGCUCACAGAGGUCAAGAUUACUAAAGCUCAGUUAUCUGAGAUUGAACAAAGACAUCGAGAACUGGUCAAUCUGGAGAAUCAGGUGAAAGAUUUAAAGGGCCUCUUUUUUCAAAUCUCACUUUUGGUAGAAGAACAAGGUGAAAUGAUCAACAACAUUGAAAUGGAAAUCAUUAAUACUCAGGAUUAUGUCCAAGUAUCAAGAGAAAAGUUCAGGCUAGCAGCUAAAUAUAGAAAAAAGAAUCCAUGCAAAGUACUAUGUUGUUGGUGUUGUCCCUGCUGCAAAUGAUGUGUCCUCUGGGCAAUUAAAACUUAAGUUCUGAUCCAGAAAAUACUGAAUAGGACUAAACUUGAUAUGGGGAAGGUGGGGUUGCUGUAUUAUUAGGAACAGGUACAAUUUUUCACAUGGUAUUUCCUUUCCUUAGUCACAUUACCUAAUAGAGACUUUGCUAAGAGAAACAUUCACCAUUGAAGAACACACACUGAAAAUCAUGAAAAGGGAUCAAAUGGAAUAGAACAACCUUACCAAUGUUCAUAUACCAUUAUUCUUUGGGGGCUAACUAAACAAUUCCUUGCUACAACUCUGAAGAAUGGGAAUAGUUUCCUCCUUCCUAGGUACAGCUUUAAAAGGCCAAAUGAUAGUGUGAAUGUAAUAUCAAGGAGUAUCAGUAACAAUUCAUUAUGACAUCACAAGUACUAGUGAAGUAGCUGUUAGAAACAAAGCCACAACUGUACUGUCAUAUUUAAUUUCAGCCAGUUUCUCUGGAAUUAAAUGUAUCUUCCUACCAAUUUUGUUCAAGUAGUUUGGGUAAAGAAAAACUGCAAACCUACUGUGACGUAAGUUAGGAUAUACAGAUAGUCCUUGGCUUACGUCCAUUCAUUCAGCGAUUGUUCAAAGUUAAGGUGGUGUUUGAAAAAUGGACAUAUGACUGAUCCUCAAAGUUCUGGCCAUUGCCACACCCUUGCAGUCACAUGACUAUAAUCCAGGUGUACCUGGCUCACGAUUAUGAUGUUGCAGGAAGCCACAGUCAUGUGAUCACAUUUGCGACCUUCCCUGCCAGCUUCCCACAAGCAAAGUCAAUGGGGAAGCUGGCAGAGAACGUCACAGGUUGUCCUGGCUUACCUGUGCCUGCGUGGCACCCUUCACCCUACAGAGUUUCUGCAGUCGUAAAGUACGAUGUCACAUGGCUGCAUCGCUUAGCAACAGCAAUCCUGGCAGUCCCAGUAGUUGUCAUAACUCCAAGAUGUGUAGGUCAUUAAGCUAUAAGAGUUCCAGGUAAGGAGUGUGGGGGUGCCAUGGGGGGUGCAGGAGAUCCAGUGCAAGCCAUGCAUAAAUCAAGGAAGGUUUGGGAGAUCCAGCGCAGGCCACACAAAUUGGGGGAGGUUUGGGAGGGCCGGCAGAGGCUGCGCACAGGCAGGAGUGUGUGCUGCAAGUGGGAGCUACUUACCGGAGUGACUUGCAACCUUCCCUGCUGGCUUCCCUAUUGACUUUGCUUGUGGGAAGCCGGCAGGGAAGGUAGCAAAUGGCAAUCACGUGACUGCAGCUCCCUGCGACUUCAUAAUAGCAA